AUGUUUUGACAGGAGCUGGCCCAGAAGAUCCGUGGCUACCAGGAGCAAAUCGCCUCACUCCAUUCAAAGUGUAAGAUGCUGACGGUGAAAGCCAAGCACGCCACCAUGCUGCUGACAGUCAGCGAGGUGGAGGGCCUGUCCGACGGCAUGGACGAGCUGAGUGACGAGGAGCUGCCCAGCGCUACGGCAAACGGCACCGCCGCCACCACCAAGCAGCUGCCCACACACCCCUCCGUCGUCAUGAUGACAGCAGGCCGCUGCCACACACUCCUCUCCCCCGUGACGGAGGAGUCAGGGGAGGAGGGCACCAACAGUGAGGUCUCCUCUCCCCCUGCCUGCCGCUCUCCCUCACCCGGGGCUAACGCUGAUGCUCCUCUCAACCAGGGCCGAGUCCCCCUGAGUCGAGCACCUCUCCAGGAGCUGUAUGACCCAUCUAUGGAGAACAGCGCUGCUAACCUGGAUGACCUGCAGAGAUCCUGGGAAACGCUUAAGAACGUGAUCAGUGAGAAGCAGAAGAGUCUUUACGAGGCUCUGGAGCGCCAGCAGCACUACCAGGAGUCCCUCCAGUCCAUAUCUACCAAGAUGGAGUCCAUUGAGGGAGCCCUCAAUGAAGGCCUGGAGCCCAACAAGACCCCCGAGAGCCAGAUGGCCGCACACCAGGCUCUUAUGGAUGAGAUCCUGAUGCUGCAGGAUGAGAUCGGUAAGCUUCAGACGUGUUUCUCAGAGGAGCUCUUGGGCAACGGCCUGGCAGACAGUGACAGCGAUGGCGACUCCGGGGACCAGAUGGCCCUCCAGUCUACUCUCACCGUUCUUGGAGAGAGGAUGGCCACCAUCCGCAUGAAGGCAUCAGGGAAGCGGCAGCUACUGGAGGAGAAACUGAGCGAGCAGCUGGAGGAACAGCGACAGGAGCAGGCACUGCAGCGUUACCACAGUGAGGCUGAAGAGCUGGACCACUGGCUGCUUAGCACUCGUGCCACGCUAAGCUUGGCCCUCCAGCCCCAAACUGAAGACAUGGACAUGGAGGAGCAGCUUAUCGACUGCCAGAACAUGUUACUGGAGAUCGAGCAGAAGGUGGCAUCCCUGUCAGAGUUGUCCGUUCACAGCGAGAGUUUGCUGUUGGAGGGCCGGGCCGAGACCAAGGGAGAGGCCGAACAGCUCACCUUGAAGCUCCACUUCCUCAAAGACAGCCUGCUGGAGCUGCAGAGGAUGCUGCAGGACAAACAGGUUGACAUACAGAAUAACAUAAUACACUGGUGCCAUACUUAACGGCGAGUGUCAUCCUCUGAUCCCUGGGCUUUGUCUUGAUCUCAGGGUUCAUUACAGGAGCAGGAGGACAGUGAGCCGGACUCUUCCCUCUCCCAGAGUCCCAAUGUGCAGGAGUGGUUGUCGCAGGCCCGCUCCACACGCACACAGCAGCAGCACGACAACCUGCUUCGACAGCGGGAGCUGGAGGAGUCAGUAGCAGAGCAGAAAAAGCUGCUGCAGUCUGUAGCCAGUGUGGGAGAGGAGUUACUCAGCCAGCAGACCACUCCCAACGGAGACAGUGAGAUAUCAGUCCCAGGGGGAGUGCUGUUGGAGGCAGAGAGCAUGUCCAUUCUGGGCCCACUGAGACAGAAGUGGGAGAACUUAAACAAAGACCAGAGCACCAAGCUGCAGCUCUCCCUCAACUCCAUGGAACAGGACCAGCUCAGCCCGGUGCUCCACAGGUCUCGACUGUCCAGUCCAGGUGUGGUGUUCAGGGGCGAGUCAGCAAGUCAGGUCUCCUGCUCCCCGAGAGCUUUGUUUGCGGCCUGCAGCCAGACACUGGCGAGAAUAGCCCAAGAGGUUGAGAGCAAAUCGGGAGUUGUGAUGGGAGAGGAGACAGUGCAGCAGGACCUUUAUGCCGCCGUGUCAGCAGCCUCCACCUGGCUGGAUGGAGCUGAGAACCAGCUGCUGUCUGGUCCUGUGCUGCUCUCUGAAGACACGGAAACACAACUCUAUCACCUCGAGGGCCUGAGUAAAGAGCUGAAGGAGCUGACAGGGGAGGUGAGCCAGUGUAGAGACCUGUUGGGUGGAGGACCAGGCCGGCUGUACAGAGGAGAGGAGCGAGCCCUGAUGGAAGACACGCUGGAUGGCUUGCAGGAGAGACUUGGCCUGCUGGACUCCACCUUAGAGCAGCACUCUGACACCAUGAGAGACAGGCUGCAAGAGCACUCGACCUUCCAGAAUGAGCUGAGGAUGCUAUUCACAGCCCUGAGUGAAAGCAAACACCAGCUGCUGCAGAGGAUGGAUGGAACAGCAGACAGACCUGCAUCCAAACAAAUAGAGACCUUAUCGGAGGUGGAGGAAAGCCUUAGGGAGUUUGAGCAAAGAGUCACUGAGCUGAAGAUCAAAGCAGAGGGACUGCAUAUUGACAAGGUCUCCAACCAAGAACUGCUCAAACUACAGGAUGCAUACGAGGAGCUGGUGCUGAUGGUGGGCUCCAGGCGUAGCAGUCUGAACCAUGGCCUGUCUUUGAAGGCCCAGUAUGAGGCGGCCCUCCAUGACCUUAGCCAGCUGGUGGACACCGCUCAGGACAAGAUGGCUGCCGACCAGAAGAUGACCGUGGUCUCCGUCAUCGAGGUCCAGAUGUUGCUUGAGAAACACAAAGAGUUCUUCCAGGGUCUGGAGUGUCAUAUGAUCCUGACCCAGACAUUUUACAUGAAGGUGUCUGGUCUGGUGGUUCAGAGAGAAAGCCAGGCCCUUGAGGAGACUAUGACCUUGGCCCACAAUGUCCUCAAACAGGCCCACAGGAGAGGAGUGGAGCUGGAGGGCAUACUGGAGUCAUGGAGCAGGCUGGCGGAGGACUACCAGGCUCUGUGUAGACAGCUGGAGGCUGUGGAGUGUAGUAUCCCUACCGUGGGUCUGGUGGAGGAGACGGAGGAGAGACUCAAUGAAAGGAUCGGUCUCUACCAGCGUCUGAAGGCCAGCCUGACGCAGCACCAGCCCCAGCUCUACCAGGUGCUGGAGGAGGGGAAGAGGCUGCUGCUGUCGAUGUGUUGUUCAGACCUGGAGAACCAGCUCACCCAACUGGGGGAUCACUGGCUCUCCUCCACCACCAAAGUCAACAAGGAGUUACACCGCCUCGACUCCACCCUCAAACACUGGAGCAGGUACCAGUGUGAGUCGGCCGAGCUGAGCCAGUGGUUGCGUUCAGCUUUAGACCGCCUGGAGUUCUGGACUACACAAUCAGUCACAGUGCCUCAGGAGCUGGAGACUGUCAGAGACCACCUCUGUGCCUUUCUGGAAUUUUCCAAGGAGGUGGAUGCUAAAUCAUCUCUGCGUUCCUCGGUGCUUAGUACAGGCAAUCAGCUCCUGCGGCUGAAAAGAGUAGAUACUGCUGGUCUGAGGUCAGCCCUGGCCCAAGUGGAUACUCAAUGGGCUGAGCUGCUCACUCGCAUCCCCGUGGUGCAGGAGAAACUACACCAGUUGCAAAUGGAGAAGCUGGCGUCACGGCAUGCCAUCACGGAGCUAAUGAGUUGGAUCUCGCUCAUGGAGAACAUCAUAGAGGAAGACCAGGACAAGAUCAAUGGAGCUGUGGGCUCGGAGGUGGUCCAAGACUUCUUACAGAAGUAUAAGGGUUUCCGUAUUGACCUGACCUGUAAGCAGCUGACUGUGGAUUUUGUCAACCAGUCUGUGCUGCAGAUCAGCAGUCAGGAUGUGGAGGGGAAGCGCAGUGACAAGACAGACUUUGCUGAAAAGCUGGGAGCUAUGAACAGACGGUGGCAGAUACUGCAGGGACUCAUCACUGAAAAGAUUCAGCUUUUGAAAGGACUACUAGAAGGUUGGUUGGAGCAUGAGAAUGGAGUCCAGGCCCUGAAAACCUGGUUCACCUUGCAGGAAGAGAAACUGAAGAGGAGACACAGGAUAGAGGAUGUAGCAUCGGUGCAGAAUGCACUCAAAGACUGUCAGGAGUUAGAGGAAUUAGUGAAGGAGAAAGAGAAGGAUCUAGAGAAGGCUGAGGAAAGAGGAAAUGCACUCAUCCAGAACAAGAAAGGAGAGGCCUGCUCUGUUGUCAAGCAGACCCUCAGAUCACUAAACCAGUCCUGGGCCAACCUAGACCACAUGAUAAGUCAGAUGAAGUUGAGCCUGCGCUCGGUAUUGGAGCAGUGGACGUUGUACCGGCGAGCUGCCGAGGAGAUUAAUGGUUAUCUUUUGGAGGGGAGGUACUCUGUGUCCAGACUAUGCCUCCUCAACGGGUCCCUGGAGGCGGUGCAGCAGCAGGUUGAGAGUCUGGAGAACCUCCAGGACGAGAUGGAUAAACAGGAGAGCAGUCUGAGGAAGUUCGGCUCGGUAACUCACCAGCUGUUGACCGAGUGCCACCCGUCUGUGGCUGACACACUCAACAGCGCCCUCCGUGAUGUAAACAUAAGAUGGAACAGUUUACUGGAGCAGAUCUCAGAGCAGCUGAGGAGCAGCAAAGCUCUGUUGGUGUUGUGGCAGCGCUACAGAGCACUGUAUGGACAGAGUACAGCAGCAGUCCAGAGGCAGGAGGAGCGGGCCGACCGCCUACUCAAGAGCGCCACCGACAGGGACAUCACAGAAGAGGAGAGCUGUGCUUGGAUUAAGGACUGCAAUGAGUGUCUUGGUGAGCAGGCCUCAGUGCAGCACUCCCUCCAGCAGCUGCAGGCACUUGGAGAACAGCUGAAGAGUCACGUGGACGCCUCCUCCAUGGCAGCCAUCCAGUCAGAUCACCUGUCACUCACCCACCGCCUUGCAGGGCUGGAGCACGCCCUGCACAGACAGCAAGAAGUACUGCAGUCGGGAGCUCAGGACUGUGAGGGUUUCACAGAGCAGCUUGACACACUGAGCCGUCAGGCUGAAGAGGUUGAAGCGGUGCUGAAGGAAUCUGACCCAGUUGGCUCGCCAGAACUCAACAUCGUCCAGGAGCGCAUGGAAAAACUCAAGGUUCACCUUUUGAGACUGAGCAGUCUGUCUCCAGACCUGGAGCGAGUCAAUGAGCUGGCCUACAGACUGCCUCUGAGUGACCGAGACAUUAAACGCCUGCAGAGUCUCAACCGAGCUUGGGGCACUCACUCUGCUCACCUCACGGAGAGAUUCAGUAAGCUGCAGGCGGUUCUGCUCCAGCAACAGAGUUUCCUUCAGAAGUGUGAAGCCUGGAUGGACUUCCUGUCUCAAACAGAGCAGAAGCUAGCUGCUGACAUCUCUGGCAACUACCAAAGCCUCCUGGAGCAGCAGAGAGACCAUGAGUUAUUUCAGGCAGAGAUGUUCAGCAGACAGCAGGUUCUCUACUCCAUCAUCAAUGAUGGCCAUCGCAUGCUGGACCAGGGACAGGUUGACGACAGAGAUGACUUUAGUCUGAAGCUGGCCUUGCUGAGUAAUCAGUGGCAAGGGGUGGUGAGGCGGGCACAGCAACGGAGGGGGAUAAUUGACAGUUUGGUCCGCCAGUGGCAGAGGUACAGGGAGAUGGCAGACAAGCUGCGACAAUGGCUCCAGGAAGUGACCCGUGACCCAGACGUGCAUCAGUCAGGAGAGCCAGUGGCCCUACAGCAGGCCAGAACCAUGUUGGAUCAGAUUCAGCUGAGGGAGCGAGUGCUCCAGAGGCAGCAGGGAGGUUACAUCCUGGCUGUGGAGGCCGGCAGGAGCCUGCUGCUGUCGGCUGACGCCAGGGCAGAGUCGGCCCUGCAGACAGAGCUCAUGGACCUGCAGGAGAGGUGGAGGCAUGCCCACCACCGCCUGGACCAGCAGAAGAGGGAGCUUCACAGCUUGCUCAAGGACUGGGAGCGCUGUGAGAAGGGCAUCGAUGCAUCACUGGAGAAGCUGAGGGCCUUUAAGAGGAAGCUGUCAGUCUCACUGCCUGAACACCAUGAGGAAUUGCACUCGGAGCAAAUCCACUGCAAGGAGCUUGAGAGCAGCGUGGAGGGCUGGACAGAUGACCUCACUUCCUUGUUCCUGUUGAGCGACUCGCUGGGGGCCGUGGUUAGUGCAGAUGACCUCACGAUCCUACAGGAACGCCUCCAGCUGCUGCAGCGCCAGUGGGAGGAGGUCUGCCACCAGCUGUCCCUGCGCAGGCAGCAGGUGAGUGAGAAGCUGAAUGAGUGGGCAGUGUUCAACGAGAAGAACAAGGAGCUGUGCGAGUGGCUCACCCAGAUGGAGAGCAAGGUCUCCCAGAAUGGAGACAUCAGCAUCGAGGAGAUGAUCGACAAGCUGCGCAAGGACUACCAAGAGGAGAUCAGUGUAGCCCAGGAAAACAAGCAGCAGCUCCAGGUGAUGGGUGAACGCCUGGCCAGGGCCAGCCAAGACGGCAAGGCUGCCGAGAUCCAACACAAACUCAGCAAGGUCAGCGAGCGCUGGCAACAUCUGCUGGACCUCAUUGCGGCCAGGGUGAAGAAGUUGAAGGAGACCCUGGUGGCUGUGCAGCAGUUAGAUAAAAACAUGAGCAGCCUUCGUUCCUGGCUGGCUCACAUAGAGACAGAGCUGUCCAGGCCUAUUGUCUACGACGACUGCGAUGACCAGGAGAUCCAAAGGAAACUCAACCUGCAGCAGGACUUGCAGAGAGACAUAGAGAAGCACAGUACAGGAGUGGCAUCUGUACUGAACCUAUGUGAGGUGCUCCUCCACGACUGUGACGCCUGCUCCACUGAGACGGAGUGUGACUCCAUCCAGCAGGCCACACGGGGUCUGGACCGACGCUGGCGAAACAUCUGUGCCAUGUCCAUGGAGAGGAGGCUUAAGAUUGAGGAGACAUGGCGGCUGUGGCAGAAGUUUCUAGAUGAUUACUCCAGGUUCGAGGAGUGGCUGAAGACCUCAGAGAGGACGGCAGCUCUACCCAACUCCUCCGGAGUGCUUUACACCAUGGCCAAGGAAGAGCUCAAGAAGUUUGAGGCAUUCCAGCGUCAGGUGCAAGAAUGCUUGACGCAGCUGGAGCUCAUCAACAAGCAGUACCGCCGCCUGGCCCGAGAGAACCGCACCGACUCCUCCUGCCGCCUUCGAGAGAUGGUGCACGACGGGAACAGGCGUUGGGACAACCUACAGAAGAGAGUGGCCUCCAUCCUCCGCAGGCUCAAGCACUUUAUCAGCCAGCGAGAGGAGUUUGAGACGACCCGAGACAGCAUCCUGGUGUGGCUGACUGAGAUGGACCUGCAGCUCACCAACAUCGAGCACUUCUCUGAGUGUGACGUCCAGGCCAAAAUCAAACAGCUCGUGGCAUUCCAGCAGGAGAUCUUUCUGAACACGGGGAAGAUGGAGCUGGUCUUCAGGCAGGGGGAGACUUUGAUCGAGAAGAGUGAACCUCUGGAUGCAGCCAUCAUUGAGGAGGAGCUGGACGAGCUGCAGAGAUACUGCCAAGAGGUCUUCGGACGAGUCGAAAGAUACUACAAGAAACUCACUCGCCUGCCGCUGGCCGAUGAUGAGCUGGAUGGUUCGGACAGGGAGCUGGACAUGGAGGAGGGAGGCGAUCUGUCUGAGCUCCAGUGGGGCGACUCUUCCCUGCCACGCACGUCCAGCCGGCCGGCCUCAAGUGCGGCUGUCCUCGUCCGAACUGAUCGCUCAGGGCGGGACACACCUGCCAGCGUGGACUCCAUCCCUCUAGAGUGGGAUCAUGACUAUGACCUGAGCAGAGACUUGGAGAGCACCAGGGGCCGGGGCCUGGGAGCCGAGAGGAGCCAGGGCCAGGAACAGGAGGAUGAGUAUCUCAGGACGGCUGCCACUGUGUUGUCAGGUGAACCAAGCCAGCUUGAAUCCCAUCUCAGACAGAUGGACCAGGCUCUGGAUUCAGGGCGACUGCACCACCUUCAGCAGAGUGAGGCCACCGUUAACGGCUCCAGCCCUGAACUGGACUCCACUUACAUGGGCUAUAUGCGUCUGAUGGGUGAGUGUCGGAACAGUCUUGAAGCAGCUAAGAAAGCAGAAGGAGAGCUGACCGAAGAGGAGGAGGACAUGCCUGGACUCACCACCACCAUCAGCACAGACUCUCAGAGUGCAGGUGUGAUCGAACGCUGGGAAUUGAUACAGGCUCAGUCUUUGAGCGAGAAGCACAGGCCUAAGCAGAACCUGCAGCAAUGGCAACAGCUGAUCUCAGACCUGCAGACCAUGAGGGCCUGGCUGGGCCAGUCUGAGGCCGAACUCAGCCAGCUCAGAGGCCUGGACAUCAGCACUGACAUACACACCAUCCAGCAGCGGAUCAAGAAGCUCAAGGAGCUGCAAAAGGGUAUGGAUGCCCACAAGUCUGAGGUUCUGUCAAUCAACCUGAGUAGUGCCGAUUUCCUCCAAUCGGAGCCUGACUCUGAGGACGCGUGGGAGCUGAGGGAUGGGCUGAAGGAGAUGAACUCGCGGUGGGACCGGCUGGGCUCCACUUUAGAGGACUGGAGGCAGGAGCUACAGAGGGCGCUGAUGCAGUGUCAGGAGUUCCAUGAGAUGAGCCAUGGGCUGCUGCUGUGGCUUGAGAACAUCGAACGCAGAAGGAACGAGGUGGUGCCCAUCCCUCCAAAACUGGAUCGAGAAACACUACGGGCACACCACAGGACACUCACACAAAUCAAACGAGAGCUGCUGGACUCCCAGCAGAAGGUGUCUUCGCUCCAGGAGGUGUCAGCCCAGCUGCUGGUCCAUACUCAGCCUCAGACUCUGUUACUAAAGCACCUGGCUUCAGGUCCGGCCCCAGCAGAGGAGCGGAUGGAGGGCAGUGAGCGUCUGGAGGCUCAAGAGAAGGUGCAUGUGAUCUGGAACAGACUGAGACUGCUCCUGAAGGAGGUCAGUGCCGACCUAGAUGGCCUAGAGAGAAGGCUUGAGACCACGGACAACACACAACAGGACUCUCUAUCGCCACCUACUGUAGACAAGUCAGACAGCAGGUCAAGUGGUCUCGUGUCAGAGAGCGCCAUCCCUUACCACAGGCAAUCGCCCCGGGGCAAAAGUAGUCAGGCCCACGCAGGACCCCCUGAGAGCGGCCCGCGCCACAGCCGGACCAGAUCACCAGGCGCCGGUGGUUGCGCUUCCUUCCUUUCUGACUCCCCAGAUGGUCUGUCCUCCUCCAAGUCCUCCUCUUCAAAGGGCCAGUCCUUCCUGCUGCGGGUCCUCAAGGCCGCGCUCCCUGUCCAGCUGCUACUCCUACUCCUCAUCGGUCUGGCCUGCAUGGUGCCCAUGACUGAGAAGGACUACAGCUGCCACAAUGCCAACAACUUCGCCCGCUCCUUCCAUCCCAUGCUACGCUACACCAACGGACCUCCGCCCAUAUGAGCCGUCCAGCUACCUACGCUUUGCCAAGGACUCCACUGACUCGUAUGAAUGUCUCCUUUUUCCACAUGUGCCCUGUAGCAAAAUACUCUUUCCCCUUGGGGAGCAAUACCUUUAAAAACUUAUUCAAAGGCUCAGAUCCACCCACCCCCCAACGAAAGAUACCUUCUGUUUUGAAGAGUUUCACUGACUCUGUCAACCCAGUUUCCAUCGCCAGGAUUAAUGGACUUUGGCCUGGAACUUCCCCAACUCCAAAUAAUCGUGUUUUUUAUUAUCCUGACUUAAGUGUGUGUGUAUAUAUAUUUUUUUUUUUUUUUUGGGAAGUUUCCGAAGAAACUUGCAGAAUCAAUGAAAAACAAAGCAUUAUUUAUGUACUCUACGUAGGGAGCCAAAGUCAACUGAGCUGUUUGUCCAUUGAAAUCAGUGCUGCUACUUCAUUAUUUUGUCGUCAAUUGUUUCUUAGAUUGUCGGCGAAGCUACGGCACCGCCGUAAUAUGAAGGAUGUCAUACCUGUAAACUGUAGAAUAGGCAAAAGUUUGAGAACCAAACAAGGUCCUAAAUAUGAAGAGCAUUCAACAAUGACUCAGAAUGUUAUUUAAAGUUACACGUAUUCUCAACAAAAUGACCGAAUAACACAAAACUAAAACAAAAUAUAGUGCUUUUUCAAGCAUGUAAGGCAACUUAAUGCUUUCGUUGACAGACCACUGUGUUAUACCAGAUACUCUACGGUGGGUUUCAGGUUAUGAUUGUCUCCUACCAAACAGCUGUACAGCUUUUGGUACAAUUAACUCUUCGUAUCAUGAUUGAGCUGAACUUUGAACCUGUAGUACUGAUGCAAACCCUGAUGAGGUACUGUACUGAAACCAUCAGUAGAUAGCCAGCAACUUUUUUUUCCCAAAAACAAAAGUAUUUGUGUUUUUCGAAUUUCAGUAUUUAAUCGAUUGGUGCAACUGCAACAAAAUGUAAGCUGGCUUGUUGAGAGAUUCAAGUCAAUUUGUAUAUUGGUAUUUCAAAUGCCUUUGAAUACAGGCGGCUAUUUUUUUACCUUCUGUUUGAGCAUGCACUUAAGAGCACCCGGCUUUUAAGAAAGCCGGACAAUCACUAGCGGUGUUGAAGUAGGUGGACAUGACAUCAGAUAGUGUGCUUUGUAAUAAUAGCGGUAAUAUGAAUGAUUCUGAAGUGAUGGAGACAUCAGAAUUACCGUGCUCUUAAAAUCAAAACUGUAAAAAUAAUGAAAUAUGAAAAUGGUUAUUUAUGUAUGUACAGUUUGUUAAUGCUAACUUCCUGAAAAAUACUCCCUUUGCAUACAAUAAAAUAUCAAAUGUG